UACUCUGUUGCCUGCGCAUACGCAUUGUGCGCUAUCGUUCCUCGUUAUGUCAGUGUGACACAUGCCGUUAGACUGAACGCAUGUGCGCCUACCUACCACUUUGGCGCGAACAUUAUUAAAUCGUAAAAAAAGUGUCCGAUGUAAAAUAAUCAAACUCUGUGAUGACAGAGACCAUCCGAUAUAUCACAAGGAUUGUGUUUUUAACCAUACUUUACUAUGCAGUGAUAAGUGUUUAUAAAGAAAUAAAAAGAUAUUUGAGUGUGUUCGAAUACUUGGAACAAUCGCGCUGAUCGGAUUGCAGUUUUGAAAACAAUACGAUUUCAAAAUGGACGAGAAUAUAAUAAACGAGACCUUAUACGGCAGCCAAAGUGAACUUUCAAAGUUCUCGCCGGGCCUGCUGACGUUUGCGGCGAUAAUGACCGGUCUCAUCAUGCUAGUGGGGCUCUUCGGUAACCUACUCACCGUGGUGGCCCUGCUCAAGUGCCCUAAAGUGCGCAACGUGGCCGCAGCGUUCAUUAUCAGUCUCUGCUGUGCUGACUUUCUAUUCUGCGCCAUGGUGCUCCCCUUCGCAAUCUCCGGCUUCUGGCAGCAGAAGUGGUCCCAUGGUGACGUGCUGUGCAAGCUGGUGCCGUUCCUGAGGUACGGGAACGUCGGAGUUUCGCUGCUGAGCAUCGCUCUCAUCACGCUGAACCGAUACAUAAUGAUCGCUCACCACAGCUGCUACGGGCGCGUGUACCGCAAGUACAACAUCGCGCUCAUGAUCGUCUUUUCGUGGAUGUUCGCGUACGGCAUGCAGAUACCGACGCUGAUUGGGAUAUGGGGUAAAUUCGACUACGACAAGGAGCUGGGAACGUGUUCGAUAUUACCUGAUGAUAACGGCCGCUCCUCGAAGACCGCUCUCUUCGUCAUCGCUUUCUUGGUGCCGGCUCUGCUGAUUUUGAUGUGCUAUGCGAGGAUCUUCUGGGUCGUGCAUAGCUCAGAACAACGCAUGCGGGAACACCAACGCUCGCAACAAGCCAGCCCAGGCUCACUUAACACAGACAAGCGUUCGACCGUUAAAGACAACAGGGAAACCAAGGCGCGUAGGAACGAGUGGCGCAUCACCAAGAUGGUGCUUGCUAUCUUCCUGUCCUUCUUGGUGUGUUACCUGCCCAUCACUAUCGCGAAGGUCGCAGACAAUCAUGUACAAUAUCCCGUAUUCCACAUCGCCGGCUACCUCCUCCUGUACGCGAGCGCCUGCGUGAACCCGAUCAUCUACGUCAUAAUGAACGCGCAAUACCGCGCCGCGUACGCAGCGGCCCUGUGCUGCCCUCUCUCGAGGUUGUCGGGGCUCACCAGCGAAAUGGAACGAGCGUCACGGAUACAGCUACAGCAACACACGAACGGCGCUCAGCCAAGUGUCACUGGGGGAGUCCAGAGCGGACCCCAGGGCCUCCACGAUCCCCGCGGGCCCGCGCCGGUAGACCCCCGGCCGGCGCCCGCCGGCUCGAGCACGCCGCUAUCCGGCUCGACCACGAAAAUCUCGAGCACGCCGAAAUCAAGCUUGAACAUCUCGCCGAGCACACCUAGCUCCAUGAAAAGCUCGAACACUUCGAUAAUUAAUAAACCGAGCUCUCUAAAAGUCGGGUCGGCGCGUGUGAGCCCUGUAGGACCUAAGAUCACCAGGUUCAAUAUUGGCAGCUACGGACAAGGUGCCGACAGGACGACCAAUAUAUAGCGCUCGUCGCUCGCUAAAAGAACCGACCAAAGAUAAUUCCAAAGAGUAUUUUAUAAAAGCACUGCUUUACGCCAAAUAUUUUGCCAAAUUAUAUUGAUUUUAAGAUUUGACGAUAAUGACAAACGUAACUAGAUUAAGACGCACUGAGAUUCCAUCAGAAUGAAGUAUUCGUAGUUUUAACUUUUUUCACGUACCAAGUUCUUAUUAUAUUUUUUUUAAAUGGCUAUGUAUAUAAUUUUUAAACAAAGUCCGUCCUGCUAGCGAGCGACGAGUUAUUAUUAUAAUGGUAAUAUAGUUUUAAUUAUUUGUAAAUAUUUAUAUUACAUUUUGUAAAGUGAUAUUUAAAUGAAAUACAAAUGUAUCAGAAUAAUUUUACAUGAUGCAACUGUUUAAAAAAAAUAGUUAUCAUGUUUUGUUAUACAUUCCUUUUAUGUAAACUUUAGAUCUGUUUUCUAUUUAUUUUUAAGUGAAGACACAUUCCAAACAUGUUAUUACAGCAGAAACUAAAUAGUAAAUAAAGAAGUGGCGAAUGUUUUACUAAUAAAAAUUUAUUAUUAGUCCUUCAAAGUUUUCACCAGCAGUCGUGGGCAAAUACGAGUGCAGGCAAUUUAUUCGAGAAGGGAACAUAGAAACUAUUCACAGUUUCAAAUAAUUUACAAACUAACCCGCACUAAUUUAGCCCCGGUUAAACACUCUUAUGAAGCAGUAGGCAAGUAUGUAAUUCUACAAAAUAUCACAUUAAAUUUGUGACGCUUUAACAAUUAUCAAUAUAAUAAAAUUGUAUAAAAGCAUACAAUAUAUAGAGCAUAAAAUAAUGAGAUUUACACUAUGCUUUCACCUGUUAUAAAUAUGUAUGCUAAGCUAAUAUUUUUGCCGAGUGUACCUACCAGGAAUACGGAUUUAUGUCGGAAUCGGAAACCACUAGCACGUGUUUGCCUACAACUUCCAAUGUUUACCUUUCUAUCUACCCUCCAACGGAUUUCCUGAAAACCGCGCUCCAUUACGUUCGCGUUACGCUCCACUUUUAUUUUAUUAGGUAACUAUAGUGCCUAGUGCACCUGCAGAUAUAAAAUAUUCGUUCCCAUCCCACAUAUAUACUUUAUAAGAAUACAAGAUUGUAAAAAAAAUAUACAACGGUCUAAAUUCAUGAAAAACCUUAAUUUGGCAAUAACUUGAAAAUCGUCCCACUUUUACUGGGGCCAAGUUAAAUUGGUUUGGGUCCUCUUAGCCUGGUCUACCUCCAGUAUCACUGUGGCGUGUAACUUAUGGGACACCCUGUACCUAUAUAUACGCUGAUUGGGUCAUGCACAUUUAGAUAGGUACCAAUACUGAAACACACCCAAUUUGUCAGUAGAAUAAGGCGAGAAAUUCAAAUUUUCUAUGGAUCAACCCUUCGCGCCUACAUGUUUUGUAAAGCCGUCUUUUUCUACAGUGUGGCUGUGCCAGAGUAUGUAUACUUAUGUAAAUAAUUACCUACCAUUUAGAAUGGCCUGUGGAAUGGCGAUGACUGAACUCAAUGCGGCUUAGUCCGUUCAUUGACAAUUCAAAAAUAGUGGUGAUCUAUUUGCUUACGGUUGAAAAAUAAUAACAAAAAUACGCUCAUGUACCUACGGAAUUUCACCUACGGAUUUGUUGGUCGCAUUGACUCAUCCAUUUUAAUAUCUAACGAAUUUGUAACUUUUUUUGUUUUAAUUUUUGUUAUGGUUUAGUACCUACAGCCUGCAUAAUUGAAACAAGGGUACCUAAUUAGGUACCUAUAUACCUACUAAGCUUACCUAUAUGAAAAUUUAAAUGGUCAGUAUUGUACUUGAUUAUUGAAAUAUAUCAGCUAUCAUAAUAAUUGUAAACAUAGAUGUUUUUUUUAUACUGUGUAGAAACUAAAAAGCGAAAAUAAUAUCGAUAUGGUGAAACUUGUGAAAAACAAUAAAUUAGAAUCUAAAUGCCAUAUUAGUAUAUAAGAUUAUGAAUUUAAUAAAAUUGACAAUCAUAAUAAAAAAGUUAGGUAGAUCAUACUCAAAUAUUUGCAUUAUUUAUUAUUUUAUAUUUAGUUAGCUACUACUUAAGUUUCAAACAUGGACAAAUUUUGAUAUAAAAUAAAUGAAAUUUAAAACGAUGA